AUGGCUCUCUUCGGCUCCUCCGCCCCCGCCGCCGCGCCUGCCGUGUCCGAUCCGGAAUCCCAGCAAUUGAAGGCCAACAUCCUGCAACAGAUGCAGCAAGAAAUGGCCGUAGCUAAUGCGAAGAAGCUCAUCAGCAGAAUCAACCAGAAUUGCUUCGACAACUGCAUCACAAACCCCGGCUCCUCAAUGUCCUCCAGCGACUCUACUUGCCUGUCUAACUGCAUGGAGAAGUACAUUCAGUUUUGGAACGUCACGAGCAAGGUGUAUAUUUCCCGCGCCACCACAGAGCAAGUCGCAGCGAAUGCGAUGGCUACUUCGGAAUAG